CAAUGCUUCAUAUCAAUCUCACAGCUCGUUGCAUGAGCUCACUCACCACUCACCAUGAAGAUCCUUGAGGCGCAAUCGGCUGUUCUCACAAAUUACGAGGUGUAUCAGCACGUAUCAGAACAGCGCGAACGAUACAAAAAUGCCAAGCGCCGUGGUCCCCCAAAUCUCGAGACGGUCGUUCGCGAGCUCCUCCAGUAUCUUCGCACAAACCCUGGCCCUCUGAGUCAAGAACCACUUCCCUAUACCGAGGGAUGCAUUUCCAGACUUCUUGAACGCUUACGGCCUUACAACCUCGCCAAGGGUGAAGUAGUCAUGAUCAUCAACCUGCGCCCCGCCUCAGUCGCUGCUCUCAAUACUGUUGUAGAGGAGAUGUCUGAGCGAUUUAGCGAGGAGCAGCAGGAAGCCAUGGUCAACAUCAUCGCUGAAGUCCUCGGCCAAUUCCCGGCUGCGGAAGAGGGUGCUGAGGAAGAGGGCGCUGAUGUUUCUAUGAACGACGCCGCUGCCUGAGCUCCCAGCCCACCAAUAUAAUAACUAAUUAUCAACUCAUGUUCCCACUACUCUAUCACAGUAUCCGCGACUCUCAAAUCUCAUAUUACUGCGCAUGUGCUUGCGCUCUGGCUGCUUGCGCCCGUUGUCGGAGUCAUGGCCGUCUUGCACAGAUCUUCAAACGCUAGCUUCAACAAUUCACCCGUCACCGCCGAACACUCAACAUAUCGAUCGGCCCGUAGAGUCUGCGCAACCUGGUAUCCUUCUUGCGGAUAUAUAAUUCCGUUUGGAUCUUGCUCCGAUCUCAGGUCACGCUUCAGCCCGAGGAUGAUAAGGGGAAGGGUAUCGAUGCGUUGAAACGAUCUCUUGAUUUCGUCCUUCCACUAUCAAGUCUGAGUUGCAUGCUCGGUACCGUUUAUAGCGCACUUACAUAUCUCUGCAUAUUAAUCAGACUCAACCGUUGGCUGAUGUCGUAACAAAUGACAAUGGCAUCAGGGUCAAGGGUUCUCCAGUUGUCAGGACAUGAUGUGUCGAAGAACUCGAACUGAACCUUUUUGCCUCCUGUCUGAAUACCGAAGAUAAAAGGUUGAUCCAUAUCACGGAGCAUGGGAAUCGGGUUGACUUUUUCACCUGCACUGAGUCGGCUAAGGAUAUGGAUUUAGUAUGAUUCGUCGAGGAAUCUAUAGAGGAAUUUAGACUACAUACGAGAGAAAGGUCGUCUUGCCGCACUUUUCAUCGCCUACAAGGAGAAUCUUGAUCACCUCGGGGUCCAUUUUGCAUGCGAGAGUGCCAAAGUCGUUAAUAUGUUUAUAUUCAAGUUUGAUGUACGGAAAAUGGAC